ACUAGGUGUGCUCUGAGACCAGAAUUUUUAAAUGUGCAUUCUAUAUAAUUUUAUUGGAUGGGUCUACCGUCAACGUUUCAGUAAAGUCUCUUCACACGUCGAAACUAUUUGCUUUUAUAAGAAUGGUUUUAGUGUCAAUUAAAUAAAAUGAACAAACAAAAAUGUUACGCAUGCUUAUGCCAUCGUUUGUGAUGCCCAUUCUAUUUGCUUUCAGGGUCUAUGGUUCAAAUUUCAGGGAAAUCGCCCCACAAAUGUUCAUCUUUAGGACGCCGAAGUUUUCAUUUUAUUCUCCAAAAUACAAAAUAUAACAUUUUAUCACUAGUGGGGAUCGGAGUGUAAAUCUCAUCAUGGAAAGUAUCGACGAAAGUGACGAAGAAGCCGAAUUGGACAGCAGUGUAAAUCGUGUGAAGAUGUCAAAAGAAGACUCAUGGUUGUGUGAUAUGUUGUGGAGCGAUAUGAGAUCCAUGCCUCACACGUAUAUACCGUUGUUUCCAAAACAGUUAAAAAAGGGUUACAAUUUGAGAAUAAACUGUGAACUACCAUAUCCAAUAUUUGAUUCGAUUGUUGGGAUACAUCCUGAUAACUACUGGAUACCAUUUAGCACAAAGUUGAAUAAGGAUACUCGUUUCGACUAUUAUAAGAAGCUGUAUUCAAGCAGUAGAAAUAAAAUAGGCGCGAAGGAUUUGCAGAAGAAUGUGAUAAGUAUACCAACGUAUUUGAUAAAUGUAGCGUUGGAUCCGUUGGACCCAAGAGAAAGUGGUGUGUGGUCUUUUACUGGAGGAUUUUUAGAUUGUGGAGAGUAUGAUCAAUCUUUGUACAUUGCAAAUGUCGUCAAGCCACAUUCAGUACGUUUCGUAGACGUAGGCAGGAAUGAGUCACCGGUAUAUUUAAAUGUGGACAAACGCUAUCCGAUUUACAGUGUGAAGUGUAACAAGCAAUCUCAGUCGCCUCUCAUUGUAAUACGGCAAAGCAGAAAAGUUUGUGUAUUUCAAUUAUCUGCAGACAGUGAGAGCCAUCAGGAUCCAGUGCAUUUUGGAAAUCGUAACUGUUUUAUGGAUGUAGAAUUUAGUCAUCGCGUUGAUCAGUUGUGUUACGUAAAUUCUAGCCACAAUGCAACUAUAAAGGAUUUACGUACCUGUCAAACGAUCUCUAAGCGUAAAAUAUUACCAAUUCGUGAUAAUUUACCAGAUUGCCAUGCCCAAAUUGUGUUUCUGGAUGUAAACACUAUUGCAUUCAUAAAUCGUUGCUGUUUGUUCCUAUUAGAUUUGCGUUCUUCCUCUUUUUAUGCCUUAUGCUUAAAACAAUGGUUUGGUUGUGAUGAUUUGUGCACCAUUGCAAUAAAAGAUGAUAGGACACUUUAUAUAACAACCAUCCAUAAUAUUAUCGAAGUUAAUAUUCAAGCAUUGAAAGUUAGUAACAAAGUAAUGCAUAUGAUGACUUCGCCACCUUUCAUAUCAUCAUUGAUCGAUACCCUUCAAGGACCCUAUUGCGGUUUGUUAGGUUCGCAUGCAGGUGACACUGCGAUUUUCAACGGGAAUGACUUUAACAUCCCUCAGUAUGUUUCAAAUAUUAAUGACACCUUGCGGUUAACAAGUUCUGUAAGAAAAUUGGCGUACUUUGGUUAUUUGAAGGAAAGAUUUGGCGUACCAACCGUUGGCAUGAAACUACAAAGAGAUCCCAAUACGCAUGAUAUUUUUAUGUUUACUUCAAAUUCGGUUGGUGAUGUAUUCCAACAGAAAGUUUCGUGUAAUACAUAUGAUAAGAGUGACAUAGUAAACAAAUUAGAAGAAUGGGUUAGAAAGUUAUCAGUUCAACAAAAACCUGUAACAGCGACAAGUGUUUGUAAUUUGAAUCGCGCUUGGCAUGCUAUUACUACUCAUUUUCCAAAACAAAAUAAAAUUAAUAAUUUUGCCCAGGAAAAUACUUCAAGACGUUUUUGGAAAAAAUAUUCAUAUAUUACAAAAGACAUUUCAAGUAAAGUUGGAGAGGCUAUCAAUGCUUUAUGGGUCGAAGAUGACGUUAUUAAAGAACCUGGCGUGAUUACAUCACAAGACAAAGUCAUGGAAUGGCUGCAAAGCACUUCCUAAGUGCCUCAUCAUUUCAGCAUAUUAUAGGUUGCAUUAUACACAUAUGAUAUAUCGUUUUUUUACAAUAAAUUUAUUUAUGUCAUUUUAACAA